AUGUUUACCCUUAACAAAAUGAACAUCACAGAUUUUUACUUUUUUGGGCUCCCCUCCAUUUUUGACUUAAAAAGGGGGAGCUUUGUAACAAAUAACUCCAAAGAAGCGUACUGUAGAAAAGGCACCAUUGUCACAUUAGGCGUGCGAAAUAGGAGAUUGUUAACGGAAGAAGCAGACGAACAUUUUCAAGAAAGAAACCCAUCAUUAAAGGGUAAAAUUCAAAAUUUAUCAAAAGAAGAUGUUCAAAUAUUUCUACCCCCCUUGGACGAAUUAAAACAGGAGGAUGACUCUUUUCGAAAGGAAUCCAACCCAUUCAUAACUGGUUGUCUAUUUCAAAAACAAUUUGAAGUACCAAAGGAGGUAAAUAAUAAACCAACAGUGGAUACAUUCGAUUCUACAAGCACUUAUGACGACUCUUUUGAUUCGUUAAAGGGUGAUCAUGACGAGGGCUCUGAAAAAGCACUGGAUGAUUUAAAAAGUGAUGGAAGUAACGAAACAGAAGAUGAGGAAAGGCAAAAGUGUUUCGACCCACCGGAACAUCCCUCUCAAAGAAAAAAAAAACCUGCGUCAAUAAUGCCGAAAUUUUUAAAAAAAAUGGAUGACCACUUUGAAAUCGAAAUGUAUCAAUUUCUAAAAGGUAUGUCAAAUACUAAUCCGUAUUUCAUGAAGGGUCAGGGUAAAUUAAAAAAAUUAUCACAUUCAAUGAAAAGAUACAAGUUAUUCCUUCCUCUAUUCGCAAUUCCUUUAGCUUCAUUUGUAUUAAAAAUGAUCUACAGAAUUGCAAAGGGCACUCUCCCAAGUUCGUAUUUAUUAUUUGCUUCUUACUCCGCUAUAUUCCUUUCGUGCGUAGCUGCCAUAUUGGCAUUAUACUAUCUUUACAAAAUAGUAAAAAUAUACUAUAUAGAUCACGCUUACAAAAAGUUCAACAAUUCUAUUAUCGGCAUACAGAUUUUACAGCCCAAAAGGGAGGAUCUCAUAAUUCUUUAA